AUGCGAGGGCGCCCGACGCCAACGAUGCCCAUGCAUGGCCGCCUCCUGGUCCUCAUCAUCGUCGUCGUCGGCGUGGUGACCCAAUGCCACCUCACCGGGGCCAGCCCCCCGCCGCCGGUGGUCCGGUGCGCCGGGUCCGGUGGCUGCACCGUGACCAACGCGUACGGCGCGUUCCCGGACCGCUCCACGUGCCGCGCCGCGGCGGCCGCGUUCCCGGCGUCGGAGCGCGAGCUACUGGCCGUGGUUGCCAACGCCACCGCCGCCGGGACGCGGAUGAAGGUGGCGACCCGGUUCUCACACAGCGUGCCCAAGCUGGCCUGCCCUGCCCGCGAUCGCGGCCUCAUCAUCAGCACCGAAUCCCUGAGCCGCGUCGUCGCCGUCGACGCCGGCAGGAUGGAGGUCAUCGUCGAGGGCGGCGUCACGCUGGGCCAGCUCAUCGACGCCGCGGCGGAGGCCGGGCUGGCGAUCCCGUACACGCCCUACUGGCUGGGGCUCACGGUCGGGGGAAUGCUCACCACGGGCGCCCACGGGAGCUCCCUGUGGGGGAAGGGCGCCGCCGUGCACGAGUACGUCGUCGGGAUGAGGGUCGUCACGCCGGCCCCGGCGAGCGAGGGGUACGCCAAGGUGCGGGUGCUCGCCGCCGGCGAUCCGGAGCUGGACGCGGCCAAGGUGUCCCUCGGGGUGCUCGGGGUCAUCUCUCAGGUCACCCUGGCACUGCAACCCAUGUUCAAGCGCUCGGUGAGGUUCGAGGAGCACGACGACUCCGACCUGGCGGAACGUGUCGUGGCGUUCGCGAGUGAGCACGAGUUCGCCGACAUCGUCUGGUACCCCGGCCACCGCAAGGCCAUCUACCGCGUCGACGACCGCGUGCCUGUGAACACCUCCGGCGACGGCGUCAACGACUUCGUCGGCUUCCGGCCCACCCCCACAUUCGUCAUUGAGACCGCCAGGCUCGACGAGGAGCGCAUUGAAGCCAAGAACGACACGACCGGCAGGUGUGCCAUGGCGCUGGCGACGAGAGCCCUCUUCUCCGCCAGAAACUACGGCCUGAUGGAGCACGGCCUGCAGACGCCGCUCCCGGGCCGGCCGGUGGUCGGGUUCCAGAACCGCAUCCAGUCCUCCGGCCGCUGCCUCGCCGCCGCCAACGACACGCUGCUCACCGUCUGCCCCUGGGACCCGCGCGUGUCGCACGGAACCUUCUACUUCGAGUCCGGCAUCAGCGUGCCGCUGCGCAGCGCCGCGGCGUUCGUCCGCGACGUGCAGCAGCUCCGCGACCUCGCCGGCCCCGGCGCGCUCUGCGGCGUCGAGGUGUACUACGGCGUCCUCAUGCGCUACGUCAGGGCGUCGACGGCGCACCUGGGCAAGGUGGAGGACAGCGUGGAGUUCGACCUGACCUACUACCGGAGCCGCGACCCGGCGGCGCCGCGGCUGUACCAGGGCGUUGUCGAGGAGAUCCAGCAGAUGGCGCUGCGCAAGUACGGCGGCCUGCCGCACUGGGGCAAGAACCAGAACGCCGCCUUCGAGGGCGCCGUCGGCAAGUACGGCGCGUCGCGCGUGGCGGCGUUCAUGGCCGUGAAGGACGCGUACGACCCCGACGGGCUCUUCUCCAGCGAGUGGAGCAAUCAGGUGCUGGGAAUCGGCGGCGGCGGCGGCGUGAGCGUGGUGCGCGACGGGUGCGCGCUGGAAGGCCUGUGCGUGUGCUCGCAGGACUCGCACUGCGCACCGAGCAAAGGGUACUUCUGCCGGCCGGGCAGGGUGUAUAAGGUGGCCAGGGUGUGCCGGCGUGACGAUGGUUCCUAG